AUGGAAGGAGGACAGGGCGAGGAACAGCUCAAAAUCUUGUCAUCGGCAGCCAAGUUCUUCACAGAGGAAAGGCUGAAGAACUUCUCUGUUGUGGGAAACGAUGGUACAAGAAUUCGAGUAAAUCGAGAAUGGCUGAUAGCUCGAAGUGUGUUGGUCGGAGCCUUAAUGGAGGAGUCAGCUUUGGAGACCUCCGUUCUUCGUAUCAAUGUCCCCGGAGCCACAUUUGAGGCUCUCUAUGAGUAUCUGUGCACGGGCACAACUCAACUUCUACGCUUUGAGAAGACGAUUGGCGCUUCUGUCGAAGAAAAGGAUGUCGUUGAGGUUCAAAGCCUCUUGUCGCUGCUGGUGGCUGCGGACUACUGUGAGCUGUCGAGUCUGUCGAACAACGUUUCCGAUGGUCUAAUGAGAUCGCUGGAGGCAUGUCCAUCGCUCUCCCUUCUCGUGUUGGAGCACUGCAAAACAGACUUUCUUACAGACCUGGCGAAGCGAGCGCAGGCAACCCUGUGGUCCAACCCUUUCAGAGCAAUGGAUACUGUGGCCAUGAAACACCUUGGCGAAGAAUGCUUGGAUUUGUUAUUGCGGGAUGAGUUCAUCACCGCGGAUGAAUUCGAAGUCUUCCGACUUGUUCAGAAGUGGGUGGAAGUUAACGGGGAGGCUGCUUCUGCGCCGAACCUCAUCGACCACGUGCGCUUAGAAAACAUCAGCGCCAAACUGUUAUCAGCUGAAGUCAAAGCUUCACAGCUUGUCUCCCAAAAAGAUCUCUUGGAGGCCUACGAGAAACAAGCGCUCCGAGCACAAGCGAUCCACAAUGACGUACCGCAAGGUCCUCGCUACCUUCCAAAUUGGAGGCACACCUCCACGAAUCGCGCGAUCGGACAUGAAGAGGAAAUGCUGGACAUUUUGGACUGUUCGCCAAUGAAGGUCGGCGAAUAUCGCUGGGCCUUUCACGUUCAGGGGAUGUCCCAGCAGCCAGCUUGGAUUGGCGUCGCACUAAGCGGCAAAGACAUGGACCGCGAAACCUCCCUGGCAAAGCACGAGUAUGGGUGGGCCUAUAGCAGUCAAGGCGGAAUUCGACAUGGCGACCGAAACGAACAAGGAAAUCCGUGUUUCAAGGCAGGCUCGAAAGUGACGUUCACGUUAAAUCUUUCCGAUGACAACGAGACCAACGGGACUCUGUCUGCUGCCAUUGACGGCGGAGAUGAGUUUCAGCUCUUUUCCGAUCUCCAACGCGAGUUGGAUGGACCAGGCGGCUUCGUCCCAGCUGUGUCCCUUUUUGCACCGGCAACCAUCGAAUUCAUGGGAAUCCAGAGGCUUCGGUAG